CGAUAGUGUGCUUAAAAUAUACAUACUUGCAUGUAUGUACCUAUAUCUAUCUUCCUAGAAUCAAUAAUUAGACUCUGCUAUGCCUUCACUAUGUACUAGAUUAGGAGGAGAACAUGUCAAUUUUCAGAAAUUGAUAACCUGGAAAUCUAAUAUGAAAUUAUAAAGGAAGUUUCCAGAGUAUUUUCUUGAUGUAAGAUCCAGAUAUGGGCGAGAGACACUUUGUAUGGGAUGAAAUUACAGAAGGAUUAAUUCUAUUGAGUACGGCUAAAGCGGAAGAUGAACAGGCGAAAGGACGGAAGGCACAACCUACCGCUGCUCAUACACCGGAAAUUUACUGUCCACAUGCGUAUUUAAUUUUGAGUUACCAGGACAUGCUGAAUGACAUUGAAAAGAUUAAAUUUCGGAAAUAUUACCUGAGAAAGGUAAAACCACACGAACCGGACGUCGUCAUUCUGCAAGACAUCAAAGACCUUGUGCUCUUCCUGCUUACAACGCCCGUCAGUCCCCAAUUCAUAAACUUCUUCCACUUGCCGAUCGUUGACCGAUUCUUAAGGGCGCUGAUCCUCUAUUUCCAACAUUAUGUAGAGAUAUGGGAAGACUUGAUGCAGGAACGGGCCGCCACCAUGAGGAAGGCGCCGAAUCCGUUGGCGCGCGGACACAGAACCCGAUACGCCGAGGAGAUGCGCACCCUACGCUGUGUCUUGGGUAGAGAAUACGUGGAUUUAAUAAUGGGCUGUCAGGGCGGGGCGCAGUAUCAUCAUAUGAUGACCGGCGAGAAGCGGUCGGCGGUCACGCAAUCGCAGGGCGAGAAGGACCUGAGGGUCUUCGAGGCUUUGACAAGCGUGGCUCAUCGAGUCGUGUGGAUAGCGUUGCAGCGCAAGCAUUACAAUCUCAUCGAACUGGAAUUGCACAGGCUGCUCCGAACCGAGGCGUACAACACCGCGCAGAGGCAAAGCAGCAGUCAAAUUAUUCAGGAUAUGCUGGAGGAUGAUAUCCGCAUACUGCACGGCCCUAAAAUGGCGUUAAAGAGUAAAUUGCUCAGAAACUCCCCGUUGCCUCACGAGUUGAUGUAUUCGGAUUGCGACUAUCGUCUUCUAUCGUUAGGAAUAGUAGAGAUUGACGCGCGCGAUCCAAAAAUCGCUUAUCUAAAGAACGCUCUUCUUAUCGAGGAGGACAAGCUAUCUCAAUUGGGGAUUCGAGUAGGCAUACUGGGUCACAAUCGCUCGAAUUAUGAUAUAAUGUUGAAGCCGAGCGAGACGGAAGAAUCGGAAUUGAUAGAAAUUAGCAUGUUUGAGAAAAAGGCAAUGGAAUUGCGAAAGAGUAUUCCUUCGGACAAAAUCUCGGAUAUCAAGGAACGGAUUGAAAGAGGAUUGUCCCCUCGCAAAUCCGAAUACGAAUUAGUCGAAAAAUUUCCAGUGAAAGAAAUCGAGGUGCCAGCCGGGAGAUACGACAAAGUUCGCAAAGAAGCUCGAAGAAAAUGGAUCGUUCGAGAAGUGAAACGACGUCAUGGCAAACCAUUUGAUUAUUCUAUAGCGACAGCUGUAGACUAAGUAUCAAAAUAGAAUAAAAUUUUUGUAAAAAAAAAAACAAGAGAAUUUAGAAGAAAUUAAAACAGUAUUUAUAUUAAUACUGAAGAAAUAUAAAUUUGAAUGUAAAAUAUAGUUACAAAUAUACAUGCGUUGGUUGCAUUAUCUUUCAAUUAUAAAGACAACGUAUUGGAAAUAAAAAAAAUCUUCGACUGUUUCAUGAAAUAACAAUAAACUGAUACUACUGUUAGGAUCGAAUAUGACAAGGAUAGACAUAAACUGAAUACUAUAACGCAAUAUAAAAAAUAUGCUUAUUAUAAUUGGUAAUGCCUAAUCAAGAGUAAUAAUGCUGAUAUUUUACAAGAAGAUACACAUAUAGGUACAUUUCAAGCAAUGCACUUAUGUUUACGAUUAAAUUCGGCAUUGUCCCGUCCAUAAAUAAUUAUUAUACCUACUUACUACCAUUAUACGUAAUAACAAUAUGUAUGUGUGUGUCGUGUGUGUAUACACAGGGUGUAUCAUAAGUCACGCCCAUCUCUGGAGAAUGAAUUGAAGUCAAAACAAGCAGAAAAUAAAGAAUGACGAAAUUACACAUUUGAGCCUUCUUUAAAGAGUUACAAUCGCAAAAUUUAUUUGGAUUAUUAUUUUUAUCUCAAUUAAAAGUUUGUAAUUGUUUUGGUAACAUAUAGUUAAGAAACCAUAACGUUAAUUAACUAACGGAUAGACGGUAAAGUUAGAAUCACAGGUUCAAAUAAUCCACCACCAACUUGAAUGCACAAAUGUAAUUUCUUCAUUUCGUCAAUUUAUUCUGCAGAGAUAAGGCGCGAUACACCCUGCAUGUGUGUGUAUGUAUAUAUACGUAUAUAUACACGGCAUUAAUUUAAUCCCCUGUACGGGUCGACCUGCAAAUUAUUUUGCUUUUCAUGUACAAGUGAUAAUCUUAUUAUUUGCGUUUUCGUGAUCACUCGGAUUCAGCUAAAACAUUCAUUACUUUAAGUGCGUUUUGCUUUUUUGCGACCCGUUUUUUUUCUUGAACAAGUGACACGCAUUACUGCAACAUAAGAAAGAAAGAAGGUAUGUCACCAUUUUGGCACAGCAAUUUUGAUAAUAAAAACUAGAUUUCGAAAAUAUCUCUCUCGUGAUUCUACGCACACAUUCGUGUAUAAUAAAUACUCAUGCGGGUGUGACUUGUUUAUCGGUGGCUAAUUAUUACGCGAUACACGACACACAGAGUUACCCGCGGUCUUCUUUCACAUUUUCAUCACGAUAUGUAUUAAAAUUAUCGACGAUCCAUAUUAUACACCGCUCGUUUCGUCCGUUACAUCACUAUUAUUAUAUACGGGAGUUAAUAACACGUGUUGCUACGCAAAUGCGAUUACUUUAAAAGUUAUGGCAGUAAGCGAUUCAGCUAUUCUCGCGACAACAUCGAUCUAGUUUUACUUUCAGAAUCUGUGCCUCGUAAAAAAAUCUUCUCCCCCGGAAUGAUUGAAGAAGUACUCUUUUUUUUUCAAAUAUAACGCGAUAACGAUAUUUUCCUUACUUAAUCAGUAUCUAGCGUGUCAUCUUU